CACAACAGAACACUUACCACAAAGUACACGCACGACGCGAGAGUCAACGUCACAGACAGAAAACAUGAAGAGACACCGCCGCGGCGGAGAUCAAUCAGAGAUGCAAAAGAAGACAGUCGACGCCGGUGCAUCAGCAGGAGGAGGAGGAGGAGAAGGAAUCACCUGCGGGGGCUGCGGGACGCCGGUGUCGAUGGUACUCGAUGACGAUCAUCAUCACGUUCACAUGGAUCUGCAGGAGUUGCCCGAAGGAUGCAUAGCUAACGUCGUCUCCUUAACGACGCCUCGAGACGCGUGCAGGUUUUCGGCGGUGUCUAAGAGUUUCAUGUCAGCCGCCGAUUCCGACGCUGUUUGGGACAAGUUCCUUCCCCCUGAUAUCCCCUCCAUCCUAUCUCACUCCUCCUCCUCCUCCUCCAAGAAGAAGCUUUACUUCACUCUCUGCGAAAACCCUGUCCUCGUUGACGACGGCAAGAUGAGUUUUACUCUGGACAAAUGGAGUGGGAAAAAAUGUUACAUGAUAUCGCCGAAGGACCUUAUGAUUAUUUGGGGUGAUACUCCUGCCUACUGGAAAUGGAUUUCUCUUGCCAACGCCAGGUUUCAGGAGGUGGCUGAGCUUGUAGUUGUUUGGUGGCUUGAGAUCCGUGGCAAAAUUGAUACACGGAUUCUUUCCCCCUCCACUGUCUACAAGGCUUAUCUUGUGUUCAUGUUAAGUGAAAGGGCUAAAGGAUUUGAUCAUGACGAUCCCUUGGAGGUCAAGGUAGGACUUUUUGGAGAAGAAGAGACUAGUAGUCAGCGCAUUGUGUUUCUGGGGAGACAGAACAUUACCGGGAGACCCAUGGAAAUCGAUGAAACUCAAUAUCCAAAGAAAAGGCCCGACGGCUGGCUGGAGGUGGAGAUUGGAGAGUUUUUCUGUCCAGGAGAAGAAGAUGGGGUGUUAAUGGAGAUGAUAUGUAAGGAACUUGACGUUCAUAGAAUGAAGAGAGGCCUUAUUGUUCAGGGGAUUGAAGUCAGGCCCAAAAGAGUGUAGAAAGUUAAGCUUUUUCUAAGGACUUACACGUAAUGGGUGCAUUGUCGACGUUACAUAUCAGGAAAAUUACUAGUAAGAGAAACAAAAAGGCUCACUGUAUUAUAAUUUUGUUGAUACAAUGGUUGCAAUUGCUCAUCUUUGAACUA